CGCGCGCGCAUCAUCACCAACACCGCCACCAUCAUAAUCAUUAUUAUCCGUAAAAAAAAAAUUACUGUUAAAAUAAGGAUCGGAUAUUCUUUUAAUAAAAGAGAGAGAGAAAGAAUGAGAGAGAAAGAGAAGGAGGGAGAGAGAGAGACAUAUACUGGAAUAAUCGGCACAGAUUUUGCAGCCUGGCUCGUAACGGAUGUCGUGAUGCUGCUGCCGCUUCGGAGACGAUCAGCCCGAUGACACCCCAGUCUGCAGCGGCACUACAGUGAACGGCGCCAUUCAAUUCGAUGAAAAUGCGUGUCUGGAUACUGACACUAAUCUUGCUGCUUGCCGCUUCUCUGAGCCUGGUUGAGAUGUAUGACAAUUAUGGGGAGAUCUGUAGGAAUCUGUGCACUUGUGAAGAAAAAGAAGGCAUCCUGACGGUCAGCUGCGAGAACCGGGGCAUCGUAAGACUGUCAGAAAUCAGCCCGGUUCAUUUUCCCACUUAUCAUCUUCUUCUGACGGGAAACCUGCUCAAAAAAUUGUCGGUCAAUGACUUUAUCAACUAUACUGGAGUCACCAUUUUGCAUUUAGGCAACAACGAUAUAUCUGAAGUGGAGACUGGGGCUUUUAAUGGACUCCAAGGAUUAAGGAGGCUGCACCUAAACAACAACAAAAUAGAUGUUCUUAGGGAUGAUACAUUCACUGGAUUAGAAAACCUGGAAUACCUUCAGAUUGAUUAUAAUUUUAUUAGCAUUAUUGAACCCAGUUCUCUCAGCAGGCUUCACCGUCUGACUGUGCUAAUUUUGAAUGACAACCUCUUGUCAUCGCUGCCUACAAACAUUUUCCGAAAUGUGCCCUUGACCCACUUGGAUCUCAGGGGCAACCGCUUGAAAAUGUUCCCUUACAUUGGCCUUUUGGAGCACAUGGAUAAAGUGGUGGAAUUACAGCUAGAAGAGAAUCCAUGGAAUUGUUCUUGCGAACUUAUUGCAUUAAAAGCUUGGCUAGAAAGCAUUGCCUACACAGCACUGGUUGGUGAAGUUGUCUGUGAGACUCCAUUCAGGCUUCAUGGCCGUGAUCUUGAUGAGGUCUCCAAACAGGAGCUGUGCCCGCGAAGAGCCAUUUCAGAAUAUGAGAUGCGUCCACCGCCACCUCUCAGCACUAAUGGAUAUUUUCAGACAACGCCAGCAGCAGUGACAUCUUCAGCCACAUCCUCAGCAGUGUUGAAGUUCUCGUCUCGGCCAACCAAGGGUACUCGACAGUCCAACAAGACCAGGUCGAAGCCCACUUCUCGCAUCCCAGGCAAACCCUACAAUUAUGGGCCAAUCAUAGCUUUUCAGACCAAAUCUCCUGUGCCUUUGGAUUGCCCUACAGCAUGUACAUGCAACCUUCAGAUCUCUGAUCUUGGGCUCAAUGUCAACUGCCAGGAAAGGAAAAUUGAGAGUAUAUCAGAUCUAAAACCCAAGCCGUAUAAUCCCAAAAAGAUGUACCUCACUGGAAAUUACAUCCCUGUUGUGCGCCGAUCGGAUUUUGUUGAGGCAGAGGGGUUGGAUUUGUUGCACUUGGGAAACAACCGGAUAGCACUCAUUCAUGACAGGGCAUUUGGGGAUUUAAUUAACCUGCGCAGGUUGUAUUUGAAUGGCAAUUUGAUUGACCGGCUCACUGCAGACAUGUUUUUUGGCCUCCAGAAUCUGCAGUACUUGUAUUUAGAGUACAACAAGAUCAAGGAGGUUGUUGUGGGUACCUUUCGUUUCAUGCCAAACCUUCAGCUGCUUUUCCUAAACAAUAAUCUUCUAAAAACCUUGCCAGGAGGCAUCUUUUCUGGUGUAUCACUCUCAAGGCUUAAUCUACGCAACAACCACUUUCAAAAUUUGCCCGUAAGUGGGGUUUUGGAUCAGCUUAAGGCUUUGGUGCAAGUGGAUCUUUUUGAAAACCCCUGGGAUUGCACUUGCGAUGUGGUGGGCAUGAAAAUAUGGCUAGAGCAGCUCAACUCGGGCACUGUGGUUAAUGACAUCAUAUGCACAACUCCAAAGAGACUAGCAGGGCAAGACAUGCGUGGUGUCCUUUCUGAACAACUGUGUCCUGAUUAUUCGGAUAUUGUUGUAUCCACGCUAGUUCCAUCAGAGGCAACCUUGGAAGCGAAGGUAAUCACCACAGACAGUCCUUCGAGGGUCAACACUCCGUCAACAAGUACCGUCCCAUUGUCAGUCCUCAUCCUUAGCCUCCUUCUGGUCUUCAUAAUGUCUGUUUUUGUAGCUGCUGGGUUGUUUGUGGUGGUCAUGAAACGGCGUAAAAAGUCACAAAGUGACCGCACCAGCACCAACAACUCGGAUGUAAGCUCCUUUAACCUUCAGUACAGUCUUUAUAGCAAUCGUUCAGUACCCAAAGUCAAACCCCCGGCAGGUCAUGUCUACGAGUACAUUCCGCAUCCUCUUGGGCACAUGUGUAAAAACCCAAUUUAUAGAUCUAGAGAAGGUACUGCUGUGGAAGAUUAUCCUGAGCUGCAUGAGCUCAAGGUUAGCUACAGAAACACCAAUGAGGAAGAGCGGGAUCCAACGUCGAGGAGCCCUACAUACACCGUGAGCACCAUUGAGCCCCGGGAGGAGGCUUCGACUGCUCAGGAUGCUGAGCAUUUCUUUCGAGGGAUCUUAGAGCCAGAUAAAACGCCGAAUAGUGCCGGAAAUAGGUAUGAAUACAAGUACCCCAAUCCUGGAUCUUACACAUACAACCCAAAUUUUGACGUACGGCGGCAAUUCUUGCAUCCUGAAGGAAUUAGAGAAACUAUGCUCUAUAGCUCAGCUCCAAGUACUGUCUACGUGGAGCCAAACAGAAACGAAUAUUUGGAAUUAAAGGCAAAACUCCAAAUGGAGCCGGAUUACCUCGAAGUUCUUGAGAAACAGACAACGUUUAGCCAGUUUUAAACCUUGUGUAUGAACAAUGCAUACUGUUAGAGAUUUUCACCCCAUUUCCACUGAAGGGUGCAGCAAGGUGUAUGGUGUACACCAUCUUAAAAAAAAGCAAACAACAAAAAAAAACAGAACAAAGGCAACAAACAAAAAUCCUACAAUGGGGUGUGCCAAACUGUCUUAUUUUGAUUUUUAAAGAUACAUGACAUUAAAGGAAAUAAAAAGGAAAAAAAAAAGCUCUUGGGAUGAAAGCACGAGUUGUGAUACAAAACUGGUGAUGCAAAAAUCGCAAAAUCUAUUUUUUUAAUUUGACAAUUGAAUUGAAUACACGUAAAUAAACAACGUAGCUGUACAGAUUAAUCCAAGUACUUUUUUUCAGGAGUAUAAUCAUGCAGAUAUUGCGAACUUUAACAAUACAAAAUUGAAAAAGAACACUGUAUUACAGUGCAUCUAACUGUGCAGGACAAUUCCUCUGCUCUAGUCUGUAAGUAAGUAAGUAUUUAUUGGUAUAAUCUCCAUGUAUUUUUUAACAUUAUUUGAUUAUUCAUCAUUACGGCCUGUACCAUUAUCCCUCUGUACAAGGUUUUUGUUUGUAAUUUUUUUUAUCAUUUAUUGUAGCUUGCAUUGUACAAGUGGCUUUUUUUCAGCGUGGCACACCCCUCCUGCCCCCCCCACCCUUCCUUUCCCACUUCCCAAACUGUCCAACACUCCACCUUCAUCCCCAGUGUCAAAGAGAGACUUUUGCUUCAUUUAAAGAUUUAAAAAAAGAAGUGUCUUUGUAUGCUGUCUGCACUUUUUUGAAAAAAAAAAAGAAAGAAAAAACGGAGGGCCAGCGUUGGUCUUCCCAGCUACCAUUAGAUGAGAAUUAUUAUAUAUUAAAAAUGAUUAAUUCAUUCUUAAUAUGUAUUUUAAUAUGUUAUCAAAAACAAAUUCAUAAAUGAUAACUGAAGUAAUAAUUAUGUUGUGUAAUACUAUUUUAAUGUAACACCUAUUUUUAUACAAGCAUUCGCAAAUCUCUCUUUUUUCCCCCUAUUGAUUAUUUUUUUUGAUUGCUUUCCACUUAUUACUGCACUAUAUUGACCAAAAUAUGUUUAUGUCAUCAAUAAAUAUGAUGUCAGGUUCUUAUAUACACACAUAUACAUAUAUAAAUAUAUAUCACCGUUGGCAACACAUUUUCUUUACAGUCCUCUGGCACAAGGAGUCAAGUGAUUUUAGGAGUUACAUUAGCCAUGCUAAUCGAUACAGAGUUGUAACCAUUGGUCAGAGGCGUUCCUUAAACAAUCAAUGCUUCUCGAAUAAACAUUUGAUUUUCAGUGCUGGAAAAACAAAGCAGAAAAAAAUGUGGUGUAGUAGGAGGUUAUUAGCAGUGAAAAUUGAAAAUGGCAGGGUUAAUAUCGCAAUAGCUGCAGGCCAUGUCAUCCAUUCGUUGCUCAUCUGCUGCAUUUUAAUAAGACAUUCUGAAAUCUCUUGAUUGCAUGAGGCUGCAUUUUGAUUUCUGACUCUAAUGUGUGUUUUUACUUUUUUUUAUUGGUAUUCAAUUUAUUUCCUGAUAAACUAUUAAGGUUAAUUGAUCUGAGAUUUUCUUCUGCAGAAAGAAAGUAUAAUACUCUCAAACAACAAAAGCAGCAGCAGCAAAAAGAACAAAAAGCUAAAACAAUUCCUGGUAUCUUGUGCCUUUUGGACCACCCAAUGUUUUGACAUGAUAAGUGCACAUGACGAUUAGCCAAUCAAGCUCAAGCAUUUUAUGAUCACCCAUUUUACGGAUAUUUGAUUCAUACUGUAUGCGUUUAUUACUUUAACAUUUUGUUCUACAAUGAAAACAAGAACAAAAAGGACAAAACUUUUUUUAUAUGCACUAAAACAAUAAAUCAAACAUUUCAUUAUUUUAUUUUUUUCAGAAUAAUAAAAUAUUGAAUUGUUUUUAGCUGUUUUUACUUUCUUAUCGGCCAAUCAAAUAUUAACCAAUCCAAAUAUGCAGAACGUUUCAGCGUGAACAGAGGCAACCUGGAUGUGUGCUGUUCUACAGACUAUUCUCUGGUUCAAAAAUAUAUACUCUCGAAGCUUAUUGUUUUUAUUCA